UGAGCUCUGGAGUGGACGGACAGGAGUCACACACCGGGUCGGAUUCCGCAUCACAGGGACUCACAAUAAACUAUAAAUCUCAAGCUGGAACCUGAUCUCAAUGAGACCUGGAAGCCUUCUUAUACUGGACUUUAAAAUACUGGAGGUUUGACAUAGAUUUAUUUAUUUAACUGGCAGUUUUCUGUAACCUGUAGUGCAAGUCCCCUCUGUACUUUGUUACGGGACAAAGGGUAAUUAACAAAACCGAUAUUCUGCUGUAUUUACUGACGAAUAUUGUUAGUAAACACCACAGAAUUACCUGUUUAACCCAUGCAUUGUGCAUAUAAUAGUCUGAUUUCAGCUGUAUGACGUUGCUCUUUUGUUAUUAUAUUUACAGGGUAUGAAUAUACGUUCAUAAUUAACCUAUAGCAGAAGCAACUUGUUAGUAACAGGGAACCGUUACGCAGAGCAUUGAUCGCUGAGCUACCAGCUUGACCAAUCCGGUUAAUUAUAGUUUACUCAGGAAAAUGAUGCGGAUGCCUAAAGGCGUCUCUCCGGCAUCAGGUCGGCCGGUAGUGGGGCUGCCUUGCUCUCAGCAGAAGAUGAAGGUCCUGUCCACCGGAGGAGUGAAGACCGAGUUCUUCAGCACCGGACUGUCCAGCCCGCCGAUGAGCACGGUACCGGCCGGGUAUUUCACCCAGAUCUGCAACACAGCCGUGGCCGAACAAAGAGCCAACAGCCUGUAUUCAACCCCCCACGGACCAGAGGCUAAACCCAUCAGAUCAUCCUCCGGGAGGCUGCCGGCGAAAAGGAAGCUGGAUCUAGAGGACCCCCUUUACCUGCCAGAGUUCCGCACACCAAAAGGCAAAAGCAGCAUCGCAGCCAGGAUACCAAGUCCGAGGACUCCAAAGUCUCCAGGUGAGCGGACGCGGUACGACACCUCUUUGGGCCUGCUGACCAAGAAAUUUGUGGGUCUGAUCGCUGAGUCUCCUGAUGGAGUCCUCGACCUGAACUGGGCCACUGAGGUUCUGGAGGUCCAGAAGAGACGCAUCUAUGACAUCACCAACGUCCUGGAGGGAGUCCAGCUAAUCCGGAAGAAGUCAAAGAACAACAUCCAGUGGCUGGUUGGAGAUGUGUUUGAGGGCGGUGCAGGCGGAGGACCGAAGGCCUGCGCUCUGAGGAAAGAGCUGGGAGACCUGGAGAAAGUAGAGAGAUCUCUGGAUGAACUGAUCCAGUCCAGCACGGCACAGCUCAAACAACUCACAGAAUAUGAAGAUAACAAAAGGUUGGGCUACGUGACGUAUCAGGACAUCCGCUCCAUCGGCAGCCUCAGAGAGGAGACGGUCAUCGCCGUCAAGGCUCCCGCUGACACCAAGCUGGAGGUGCCAGACACGGCAGGGCAAGGGUCGUUACAGAUCUAUUUAAAGAGUAAGAACGGCCCCAUCGAGGUCUACUUGUGUCCAGAGGAGGGGCUUGAAGACGUGAGCCCGGUAAAAAGUGCGAUCACCCCUAAAAAGGAGUUCCCUCAACCUCUCUGCCCUCCAACCACAGCCCCGAUGGCUCCACCAAGCUACAGCAUCAAAGAGGAGCCUGCUGAAUCCACCAUCUGUGCAGCAGCUCCCUCCUCCUCCUCCUCAGCCUCCACCUCCACCUCCACCCUGCUGGACGUGGAGGGUCUGCUGGGUCUGCCCCCCAGCCUGCUGCAGAUCACAGAGGACCAGCUUCCCUGCACCUCCUUCGCCCCGGACCCCAACACCCCCUUCGUCAGCUUCUCUCCACCUCUGGACCACGACGACUACCUCUGGAGCCUGGAGGACAGCGAGGGCGUGUCAGAUUUCUUCGACACGUACGACCUGGGAGACCUGUUGAAGAGCUGAGGUGACGGAGGAGGGAAAUCUGGGGUGAUUAGGGGGAAAUAUUUAAUUAAUGCCUUUUUGGAGGUAGAAAAUAUUACACUAUGAAGCCAUCACUCUUUGUUUUACCAUGCCUGUUUUAAUGUCAAUGAUUCCAAAGGUGGAGUUCCCCCCUUUGUAUAUUUUAAUAAAGUAAAAAUAAUUUGUAUAUAGUGUUGUAAAAAAAAAAAAAAAAAAAAAGAUCAGAUUGGGAGGUUAAGUAUAAUCUCAAACCGAUAGGAAACACUGUUUAAAAAGCAGGGAUUGUUUUUCAGAUUCUGCUAAAAAUGAUAUUUCAACUCUUACAAACACAGGAGUUAUUAUGCAUAUCACAUCCCCAGCAACAAAAUCAGACGGUGUUUACAGCGACACAACUCAGGGAUUCCUUUUUCUUCCUUGUUUCCAAAGUCUAAAUGUUUUGUGCCACUCUCUGGCCCGUAGGGGGCAGCCUUGUAUUAUGUCAGCUUUAACUGCCGUGCAGCUUCACACGAUUCAAUCACUGGACGGACGUGAGCUAAAGCCACCAAGAACCAAACGCAGGGCGUGUUUCUAAGAGUCCGUCAACAUUUAACACUGUUCAAACGAAGCUGUGAAUAAAACCGGUCGUCUACGUCUCAAACACGCAGCAUCGUGUGAAACCUCAUGUGGAAGAUGCUCGCGUUGCUUUUCUUCUGCCUUAAGCUUUAAAUCGAGCCUUGUUCCUGUGAAUUGUGAACAUGUAUACAAUCUCUCUCACUCUCGUUGGUGUGGCAGCUUUAUUUCCAGUCCAGGUGCUCCUCUUUUCGUACGAAUUUGCUGAUUUUUAAAAGAUUUUUUUGAUUUUAGUAGUGGAAAACUACUAUUGUAUUUCUGAGGAAAUAACCCAAAAUAAAUUAAAUGCAGCAUCUGUGUUGCAGGUGUGUGUGUAAUUGAUGUAAUUAAGGUUUAAUUAGAGUAGCCCUUUUGCUUUCCUCUUGUUCAGAAAUGGUUGCUGAUGGAGCAGCCACAGAAACAAGAUGGAAUUUAAUUUUACCGUUGAAAAUUUUAAGCCCAUGAAUUGUGGUGCGACCGUUUGAAAUGUCCGAGGUCAGAGGUCAGAGUGGCUGUGACUCUGAUCUGUUUAAAGUUUGUAUUCCUUUAAGGGUUCUAGACUUUUUGAAAUUUGAAUUUGAUGCUGAUGUAUUUGUGGCUUUCCCUCUACACUGCAGAGAUAAGCUAACUGUCCUGUCCUAACAAAACUUGAAACUGUGUGUUUGUGAGUGGGAGACGGGUGUCACGGUGUGUUUGCGUGUGAGUUUUUAUAAUGUAGAUUAGAGGAUGUGAAUUCAGAAAUUGUAGUUUUUUUUCAAUGAGCAUUAUUUUUUUUGGUAUUUGUACAUAAUUUGUUGUAUUUAUGCCUAUUUUUCCUAAAAAAAAUUGAAAGUUGAUACUGGCCUUUUUUUAUAGAAGGCACAGCUGUUUUUGUAUGACAUGCAGCACUUAAUAUUUUGUAAUAUUGUGUGGUCUGUUUGAAAUGAUUAAAUAAAUACUGAAGCCAUGGUUUAC